AUGUCGCUGUUCGGCGAUUUCGACAAGGAUCGCUCGGAAAAUCCGGGAUAUCUGACGCCACAGCCGACGUGGGACCUCGAUGCGCUGAAUCUACAAAAUAUGUAAGUGUUUCAAAAUAAAUCUUAAAAUUUCACAGAGAAAAACUAGCAAGAAAGAGAAAAAUCGACAUUUUGGGAAAUCCCCACAAAAUUGUUGCCAAAAAUGUGAGAACAGAACAUUCUACACCGAGAACGUUCUUAUCAGCGCCCUCGUUGCGUUAUCAUCGAUCACAUCACUCUACACUUCCAUCUCUGAUCACUUUUCCGCAAUUUUCACAGAAAAAACGCAAUAGUAGUGUGCUUCCCCGUUUUUGUGCUCAAAACCAUCGAAACUCUUGUUUUCUACGUUGAUAUAGUGUCAAAAGGGCCAUACGUGAAAGAGCACGUGAAAAUCACUCGAAAACGCCGAUUUCCGGCCUAACAUCCCUCUCUUCCGGGUCUAAUCUUUGCUCGAUGCUCAAAAGUAAAGUUUUCGUGUCAAGACCCAAAGUCCAAGUAAAUCCGCCGCUAAUUCUUCUGGAUUCGGUCGCGUCGACGACCACCGGAUGCGGGACGUGUUUUAUACACAUUUUAUACACUUGCGACAUUUUCCCCACGAUUUUUGACCGAUUUUCGCAUCUUCGCAUUUUUCUCAGCUUUAAGAUUGCAAAAUUGCCGUUUUACAACUGUCGAGGACGUUUUGCAACCGCGUAUUGUCUAUGUGUUUCGAAAUUUUUAAAGAUUUGAAAAUCCGAACGAGUUUCCGCUUUUUUCAUAGCAAAAUUGGUCAAAAGUGAGUAACGAAGGGAAAAUCUGGAUUUUCACAGUUUUCACAAACCAUUGCAAUUUCGAGCAGCCCUUAAAACCUGGAAGAAAUCUAGAUUUUCAGUGAAAAAUUUUCACAAUUUUCCUAUGACUUUUCGCAACUGACACGGCGAAAAAGCGCGGCGGCGGCGACGGCCGGCGGAACGAAAUGGGGCGUUUCUCAUGUCCUCGUCGCCGUUUUUCCCACACACUCGCACAAAACAUUGUGCGUUUCGGCGGCUGCGCUCUCUCGCAUUCCGACACUCUCUCCGACGCUUCGAGAAGGACGUCCUUCACAUUCACACACACAAUCGUUCCCAGGAGAAGUUGUCGUGAGAACGAUGUGUCGCAGCAGCAGCAGCAGAAGAAGAAGGGAAAAGGGGGUGGAGCGAUGAGGAAAAAGACGGAGAAAAAGAGGACAGAUUCUUCCUUGUGACUGACUACUUUUCUGCAAAACUCGGCCCCUAAAUGAUCCGAUCUUGUGACACUUUUUGUUUUCGUGCAGGUUUUUGAACCCGAAAGCGCUCGGAACCAGUUUUCUGGGAUCUAAACUGUCCGGUAGUGCCAACUUUUGUCUUUGAACGCUCGAAACCCAACGCUUUUGAUUGAAUCGACCACGUUUCCCUUAUCCAAGUUUCCAGAUUGAACUUUUAGGGACAAAAUUAUAUAUAAAAUUAUUAUUAUUACCUAUUCAGGACAAAAUUAAGGCUCAUGAGCUGAGAUCGCUCCCAAAUCAAGCUAAUUUGAAAGCAGACGAUUCUAUAAAGUUCAGUUUUUCGCUCAACUGAAGCGGAUCAUGCAGAUUUCUGAGAUUUUGGAGAGAGAUGAGCUAGAAGAUUUCGAAUUGAGCCUAAUAAGACCACCGACAGACUUUUUGCAACGAAAUCUUGAUUCGGUAUCGAAUUGUUGCCAACUUUUAGUUCCAAAUGAUCCGCUCUUACGACUAUUUGGUAUUUUUGCCGUUCUGCAGGUUUUUGAACCUCCGAAAGCACCCGGAAACCGGUUUUCUGUGAUCCAUACUGUUUAUCCAAGAAAAUCUAGAACUGUAGCUCAUGUCAUGCAAAUGAGGUCACAGGAUCAGACUAAAUUUUGUUGGAACGUCGAAACGAUGUUGAGGAUUCAGGAAAAUGGUUCGACAAUAGCUAGUCUCUCUCCUCCUCACUUUGCGUGAUCUUUGUGGCGCCCGUCCUUUCCCACGCUCGUUUUUCCCACCACCCCGCCCGUCGGCGGAAAAAGAAAAAAAGGGAGAGAGAGAGAGAGAGAGACACCAGUUCCCUCUCUCUCUCUCUCUCUUUUCCCAUGUCCAGUUCCCUCCCAUUCUCACACAUUGUCUGCCUGUGUGUGUGUGUGUGUAUGUGUGUGCGCUGACUGAGAGCGUGAGAGAAUGGGCGAGUGAGAGAGAGCGAGCGAGAGGAAGAGACGGAGAGAAAGUGCGUCCUCGUCUGCAAGGCCCCGCAACCGCCCCACGACCACCGACACUGCCGCCCGCCCCGCGACCACCACAACCUUUUUUCCUCUUUUUUCCCUCCCCUCUACUCGUUUUCCCACGAUCUACAACAAUAUCAGCCACGUCAUCUUGUACCCGCGAAGCCGGGAGCCGCGUAGAAAAUUGAGAAUCGGUGGCGCCUACCGUAACCCGCGAACGCGCCAGACAAGAUGAUAAGCGCCCUUUGUUUCUCUUGUGUCUCUGCGGGAAUCCUCUUCUUGUCCUCUCUCACAGUUUGUUGCCGACGGAAUGAUGAUUCGGGCCUGGGAAACUCCCCCUAUGAAGGAGAAGGAAGGAUCAAGAAAAACGAGGACGAGAAAUGGUGGAAAGAACUUUCUCAUGAAGAUUUUGAACUUUGAAAUGCUCUUUUCGUGCCCCGAUCUCCCCUAUUCAAAAUGUUUAUCACAUAAUAUGAUCAAAAAUAGGCUUUUCAAUUACUAACAAGUUUCUACCGUAUCCCUGGCCGUUUUCACAUUUUCCCACACACACACAACACAAAAACGUCAACGAUCGUUCAAAAAUGUUGCCCAUUUCCUCCUUCCAUUGCCUAUCUCGUUUUCGAUUCGCUCUCUCGCAGAGCACGUCCUGUUCGUGUGCCUGUUAUCACUGGAAAAACCAAUCAGUCAUCAGGCCGUCCAUCUCGUCCUCACCGUCAUUUUCCCAUGUUUCGCUCUCAGUCCGUACCGGUUAUCAGUAGGCCCCGCCCACUUUAGUUCUUCCUGCUCUCUAUCUUUUUCGCGUCGUCAGCGCCAAAAGGGGUUUUCCCCGGGACACUUUCGAAUUCUGAUUUCUUCCACACACACACACUGUUAUUUGCUUAGCUGGCACACACACACACACAUACAAAACGAAUUGAUAUGGUCAUGACCCAAUGUCCUACGAGGGCCUAAACGGACUGGAACUCAAGAUGGACUGAAACGCCUGGGAAACUUAUUCGACGAAAUUUGUCGGCUCCAGGUGAAGCCGACGCCCUCUGAUUUGUGCAUGCUUUUUUGUGCUCUCUCUCUUUCUGGAAGUUUCACUCGAAACUGCAUUUUGUUUUGCACCUGUGCGAGCUCUCCCCGCUGCACACGCCGCCCAAAUUUUUGUGGUCUUUAGUGCAAAAGGUGUGUGUGCGUGAACGUACUUUGGAGACGAUCCAUCGAUAUGCAUGAAGACGAGAAGUUUUUGAACGUUUUGAGCCAAAUUGAAGCGCAAAUUGAAAAAUGACACAGAACCGUGAGUAGAGCACCUCUUCCUCAUUUGCCUUGGCGGCACCUCAAUCGAUGACCGGUGGGAAACAGUGUGUUUGCCCAUUUUCGUUCGUUCUCCUCCGCCUCCUCCUCCUCCUUUCACACAUUACCCAACAUGACCUCUUUUCCGUACACGCACAAUUUUAUGUGCCUUCCGUCCGUGCAUCGGGCCCCGGGUUUUUGCAUAAAAAUUAUCGCUUCUGGGUCGCUACGCAGCCGAAUUGACCGUCUUCCCGACCGCCCGACCGUACUCUUUUGUGCACCUUUUCUCCGAAAUCCCAUAAAAUUGAUAUCCUUUUCUCUUGACUCUUUCUUCUUCCGUUGUCCUCUUCCCUCCCUUCUAUUCAUCCGAAUCGAACGGACCGUCUCCUAUUUUUUGACCAUUCCCAGGGUCUUAACCUCCAAUUACUGUCGCUACGAGAUAUUGGUAAGACACUUGGGCCACUCGCGUCCCAAAUGCUCACUUUUUAGUGGCGGUUAUGGUUUUCAUAGAUUUUUUGCCCCCGACAACACAUUGUCCUACAUUUCCCGUGCUUCCCGUUAAUUUUUAGACGUUCACCGCUAUUGCUUGUGUUUUUCUCUCAAAAUUGACGUGCGUCGACAUUUCGCAACAAAAACUGCCUUUUCUCGGUUGCAAAAUAUCCAUUUCAAGCGACAAACGUCAAUUGUGCGCCCCAUUCAGCUGAUUUACAAUAUCAUCUGAUUCCUCUCUCUCUCUCUCUCUCUCUCUCUCUCUCUCUCUCUCUCUCUCUCUCUCUCUCUCUCUCUUCUUAUCGAUGUGUUGUGGUGGGAAAGAAGAAGAAGAAAAAACGGGGGAAUCCCUUUUCUUCCGCAGGUUCAUUGAUGAUAACGAAUCAGGUUUGCCGUGUACAAGCCCCACCCCCUCCCUCAUUUUCGUUUCCUCCGCCCUCCCCCCCUUUUUCACACUAAGCUUUGCUUUUUUUUCAGAAAUUUACAAUAUCCGUUUGCCUGCAAAAGUCAGUUGUUUAGUGGGAAAUAGUUUGUCUCCAGUUUUUCGGUGAUCCAACGCGAUCCUCGAGAGAAAGAGAGUAAUAGGUCGGUGACUGUCUUCCUGUUUUUGCAGAAAAUGAUAAUAGUAGUUUGGAAUGUGAUAAACACACAUUUUCCAAUGUUUUUCUCGUCUUUUUAAUGACCGAAAUGAACAUUUUCAACGUUUUAAAGUCCUUGAAGCGGUUAGGAUCUAAAAUCGACGAUUCCAUCCAAAAACUGACGGAAACCCUUGCACUUUCAAUAAUUUCACCUUUUGGAGGUCUGAAAGUGGUCAGGAAUGCGGUAACUCUCAGAAACCGAUAAUAUUGUCAUUGUCCACUUUCUCGCCGGUAAAAUCACUAUAUUAUCCACUUCCAAAGUCGGCAACGACUACUGUAGCUUCGGUUUUCCUUUGGUUUUCUCCGAAACUUUACCGUUUUUCAUCGGAGCAUAAAACGCCGCGUUCGACGGCUUUUCGCUUCCUCACCGUCCAUAAAAUUGGGAGAAACAUAAAAAAAAACGGGGUGCGCUGCUCCUUCUUCACCUUCUUCUUCUUCUUCUUCUUCUUGUACCGUGCCCGCCCCCGCUCCCUCUUUUUAAUGAUCCGAGUGGGAAUGAGUAUAAAAGCGAUGCGUCGUCUCUCUCGCGUUUCAUUUCAGUUUCGGGUUCGCCGCGUGGGUCUCACCACGAAAACAGUCUUUAGCUACCGUAUCUUUUGUGCAAGACUAUUUUUCGUACGUUCCGAUGCGAUAGUAGUUGUAUUUCGCAACCGAAAAAAUCCGUAACUGAAAUCAAUUUCUAAAAAUUGAGUGCUAGAAAUCGACAAAAAAUUGCCCAGAGUGUCCACCAGUUGCGAAAUAGCCUGUACAAGCAAAGAAGCCAGCCAGACCCGCCAAUUAUAUUAUAUCCAAUUUUGAUGUUACUGUACGGUCUGUAAUUGUUUGUUCCCUUCUCUUCCUCUCUCUAAUUUGUCCGCGUUCCUCUUGCUUUUCGCCUUCUUCCGAUGCUGGGCCUGAACUGUUGACCCAAUUGCACUUUUCCGAUCGGACCCAAACUUUGCCGGCUUCAAUCCAGCUGCAAAAUGUUUGGGUCCCAUCGGGGAGGCGCAAGUGGGUCAAAAGUUCACGCCUUUUUCUCAUUCUUCCCCAUUUUGCAGACUUGGAACACAACCCGCUUUCAGACUGGAUAAGAUCCUCGGUAAGUGUGCCCCGCCUUCGCGGUCCGAUUUGAUCUCUUCAUUGAGUUCCAGAAGCCAUGUUCCAGUCGGCCACUUCGCCGCUGGCCAUCGCCGCCGCCGCCGCACAACCCAGCCAUUUCACCGCUCUUCAACAGGUAAGUAAAUUGAGAAACGUGGCCGGAGAAUUGGCUCCACAUUUUCGACGGUCCCCGGUUUUCCUCAUUCCUUGUGGAUUUUCCUCGAUUUUUUUGCAUGUUGUUGUACAGUUUUCCCAUCGAAAUGCAAGCGUGCACACUGCAUUGGAAUUUCAUCGUCUUUUCUCAAAACAUUCAAUUCCCACACACGCACACACACCUUUUUUCUCUCUCUCUCUCACAAUUUCACAAUUUCUCACAACAAUUUUACUAGUGCUCUGUAUAAAACAGUGAGCAAAUGGGCUCGACAGUUGGACAAUUGACUAGAAUUUCAGAUGCACGCACUGUUGACGAUUCAGCAAAACUUGUUCCCGCUGGCCACCGAAAAUGUUUCGGUAAGUUCGAUUCUUCCAUUUUUCUUUUCGUUCAAAAACAUCAGGGCUGGGCAAAAGCCGGCCGGCCCCAGGCUUUUCAGGCCUGGGCGAGCGAUCAGCCUGGGAAAUUGCUUAGUGGAAAGACGCGGGGCCAGAGGAAUACAAUUUAGACAGUUAAAGGCGCAUAGCAUCAAAUUUAUUUCUAUGCGCCUUUAUCUUUCUCGUCUGCGCCUCUCUCCUCAGGCCUGAAGUUUUGAGCCACUUGCAAGGAUCCGAUUGACCCCAAACUUGGCAGGCUGCUUGGACUUGGAUUGAAGUAUUUUGGUUCCGAGUUUCAGACCGAUCGGGAUCAUCUGGUCCUGAGAUAUGUAGAUCGGACGCCGAAAUGCCGCAAUUUUCGCAAACACCCGGCGUUCUCAGCCUUCGAUCCACAUAUCUCGGGACCGGAUAAUCGGAUCGGUCUGCAACUCGAACCCAAUAUACUUCAAUCCGAGUCCAAGAAGCAUGCAAAGUUUGGGCCCGAUCGGUUCAUUGCAAGUGGUCCAAAAGUCCAGGCCUCAAAAAGCCGGCGCCGAAAUUUGCCCAGCACUGAAAAAAAAAACCGAUUUUAUCGAAAAUGUUUUGCAGAAGUCGCCGUCGCCGGAGCAGUCGUCGCCGUCGGCGAAAAGGAUGCGAUUCUCGCCGAACACGAGCGAUCACAGCGAAGGAUCGGUCGCGUCGACUUCGAAAGACGGCACCGAGACUAUCAAAAAGUCACCACGUUGUGAGUCAUUUUUACGCGAAAAAUGGGCUGUACAUUUGAGAAACCCGUUCAAAAUCUGGAAAAGUUGGACUUUCCCUCAAAAAUCCGACUCAACCGUCCUGAAAACUCCGGAUAUUGCCAAGCUGCCUUGCUCACUUUUCCCCCUCCACAACUUUCCCUUGGCGUUUUUAUCAGUGAGAAAUUCCGCGGGGAAAAACAAGACUUUUGCGGGAAUUUCCCAUAUUUUGUGCGAGGCCUGAGAAUGCAAGUCCCUCUCUCUCUUUCUCGGCUGCUGCUUUUCGACGGACGGCUGGUGGCUAAUUCAUAAGCUUCUCCCGUUUCCACCACCGAAAAUUCCCACGUCGAUCGAUAAUCUGGUGAGGCUUCGGAGCUCUUAGCUUUUGGAGCUCUGAACCUUUGAAGCUGAAUGGCUCCGACUGUUUGGCUCCACUUUUCACACCGAAAAACGGUCCCUUUCGGAAAGCGAACUGUUUGAGGAGAGGAAAAGCCGCAAAGAAGAAGAAGAAGUGUGGAGUGCAUAAAAAUAUAUGCAUAGAUGUCCAUAUUCAUGUGGGAACUUUUCUCCCCUUUGAUGGAUAAUAUCGAAACGAAGGAGACGCAGCGAAGAGUCGCACGGCCAACGACUCGACACCUUUUGGGCCGGAAAAGAGUACGGUACCGGCCAGUACCACACUUUUUGUGUGUUUGCCUUCUUUCUGCCAUCGCUUCGUGAUUAGAAUGAUAAUGGGAUUGACUUGCAAAUCAAAGAGAUGGACAAUAGACAAAGAAUGCUAGUUUUUGGGCUCGACGAUGCUGUAGAAGUGGUUUUGAACGAUUUUGUGCGGCCUGUUUCGGCGAUUUUACAGACCGUUUCCCUUCAAUGUUUGGAGCCUGAACAGCCAAUGUGAAUCACCUGAAAAUUCGCGGAAUUUUCGUGCGAACGCCUCGCGACACUCCCGUGACUCUUUUGGAAAAAGCGGCGAUAUUGUGAUGCUAACUUUCGAAUGACACCAAGUACGGUACCGAAAAACAACCGAAAUUCACAUGAUGUCGCCUGUGAAAACGUCGGAAACUGGAGGGAAAGCGUUGGGAACUUGGGAAUUUUGAGGAGAAGUCAAGAAGCGUUUGUUUGAAUGAUUGAAUGAGAAGAAUGAACAAUUCCAAAACUAGUGAGAAUCAAAAGCUCUGAGCGAUCCGCUCACGACUCGACGAUUUUUUGAAGCUCCCGUCGGUCGGUGUGAAUCUUCACACGAUUCUUGAGGCCCCCCUUGUCGCAUCAUUUACCCAUGACUCUUCUCCUCUUCCUUUUCUCACCGAUAUUGUCGUCGACGGGGCGGCUAAAGGACCCGAAGCAUGUUUGUUCAUGUGCGGUACUGUAGAGAAGGUGAAAGUCGAAGAAGAAGAAGAAGAAGAAGAAGAAGGAGAACGGACCUCAAUUGAAUUAGAGCGUUUGGUGGGGCGAAACUUCUCUCUAUAUUUCCUAUUUCCACUUCAUUGUUGUUCGAUUAGCUAACGAGCGACAUUUCUCGGAUUGGUCGGAGAGCGUUCCGAAGCUCCGCCCACUUUUGUGUGUGCAUGGGGUGGACGAGGGCGUGCCGAUUCGGUUUUCCAUUGUGUGCCCACAUAGAGAAAGCAUCCCCGCACAUUUUCUGCGAAGCCACCACUUCUUCUACUAUUCCCUGGGAAUCUUCGCAUCGGAUAUCCCACGAAGAGCCGUCGACUUUCACGCGCCACCCAUCCAUCCGUCCUUCUAUUCGGUGCCCCCCCACCCGAUGGAUUAUCAUUCGUCGGAAUCGACGACGUCGUCGGCGGUGACAGCGGCAGCGGCCGCCGCAGCCGCCGCCGCCUCGCUUCAUCAACAUCAUCACACCCAACAGCAACAACACCACUAUCAACAUCAGCAUCAUCAGUUGCAAAUGAUGCAAGGAGCGCUUGUGGACGAGAAGCCGAACCUCGCCGCGCUUUACGACGAUAGCCUCUUGUCGCGGAGCAUCAGUGACAUGGUCACCACCGGCGGCUACGAUAGUUCCUCAUCUGCGCUAAGCGCGGUCUCGUCGAUGUGCUACCAGACGCCGGAUGCCUACUAUUAUCAUCCGCCACCAGUUCCGCCACCACCGGUUCCGCCCACGCAACAACAACAGCAACAAUCGGAGAGUUGGCUGAUGCAGAUGCCGCCGGCGGCGUACCAUCAGUUCGGAUCGACAGUCGUCUCCGCCAACUCGCCCCUCCCCGCACAUUUGCUCGCCUAUCCGCCCGCUAAUUUUGCCGGUAAGAGAGAGAAAGAGAGAAAGUUGCGUAAUUGUAAUUGAAUGAGCGUUUCGAAUGGGCCUAAAUGGGUUCGAUUCGAAAGUUCAAGUCUGGGAUACUGUAGUUCGAAUUGAGUUGUCUUUUGGUUGUUCCUAAAGUUCAAGUCUGGGUUCUAGUACUGUAGUUGCAAAUGAUUACGGUAGGCUGACUACUGGACAUCAAAGGAAGAAUCUAGAAAAUGUAGAAUGCCUUUACCUCUUUUCCACUUCAUCCAGUUCAUCCAAAAUCAUUCGAACACAAAGAUUACGGUAGCUUUUGUUUUCUCUGAGAAUUUUUGCUGAUUGGUCACCAACCAUUGGUGCGUUCUUGUUUUUUUUGUUGGAUUUUCGAUGAUUUUGAAGUGUGCUUGGAAAAAAAAUCUUCGUUUACCAAUUCGCAUGAAAAUCACUCGAUCUCAGCUACUUUUCCUACUUUUCUGUCCCUUUUUGUCAAAAUUUCAUAGAUAUGUGUGGUGGUCCCUCUUGAUCACAUUUUUUCCGCGCGUGGCGCCAUCAAUUCCCAUUCAAACCCGCGCUCGUUCCGUCCGUUAUCAGUUGAUGUUCGGCCAGCAAAUACGAGCGGCUUUCCGCGCCUUUCACUCAAAAGAGCCGAACCGAUCGAUUUAUUGCCAUCAAAAAAGAUGACCAUUCGGGGCGCCACCCCCAUUUCCCAUCCCAUUACAGACAUUGCGACGCCCCUUCAUUGCGUGUUCGAAUCGCAGGCUAGCGGCACAAAAAGCCAUCAUGCUCAACCCGUACUAUCCCUACUAUUAUCCGUAUUCCUAUCCGGCCACUUCCACCUCUUCGGUUCUUUCUAGCUCCUCCACGGCGGUCCCUACUAGCUCAGCCGACUCCACGGUCCCUAAACAGCUCACCACUCUGACCAACUUGGUCUCGCCUGCUCUCACCCCGUUGGCGCCCAAUUUUCCCGCGGUCUGGGGCUCCAUCGCCAGCUCUUUCGGUCCCUAUCGAACGCCCACCGGUUUUUUGGGAUCGUUUCCGCGGAAUCCGUACAAACGGAUCGAUGAAAGCCCAAUUCUGGGUAAGAGAUUCGGAUUCACAAAAAAUCAGAACAUUUCACUAGAAAACCGGGAACUCAAUAUCCUCCACCCCCUAAACGCCUACUUAUUUUCAGCCGACCCGUUCUACGCGAUCAACCAGACGACGCCGAGCUCCUCGUCGUUCCUCGACACUUCUGGCUCGAGCUUCGGCGCCGUUUCGGGUGCCGUCAAUCCGAUGAGCUCGUACCAACUGGCGUUCCAGGCGAAACUCAGCACACUUCACGGUCUUUUGGGUCACUCGGCGCAGACUUUGAGCCGCGACCGAAUGCUCGAUUUUCUGGAGAAUAAGGAGAAGUACGAGUGUACAAUAGUGAUUUUCCACGCGAAAGUCGCCCAGAAAUCGUACGGAAACGAGAAGAGGUGAGCCUUAAAGUACAGUAACCGCACGCAGUCUUAGCGGAAGCCAGGUGGCGAGAACGAGCUACUGGGACCACCGCCACUCAAUAUUUGCUCAUAAUUGAUACACUUACAAGAAGAGCAUACAUAGAUUUCUUGGAGAAGCAGGUGCACAUCCUCUUCCUCUUCUUCUUCUUGUUUUUGGUAUCAAUUAGCAAUUGACACACAUAAUAUUUGCGUGAGCGGCGGUUUUGGUGACAGAGAGACUUUGCGGGGGCGCUUUUUGAAAGAUUUUGGCCAUUCUUAGGUUUGUUGCCUGAUAUUGUAGACCUCCGCUCUAAAAGUCUGGAAUUUCGCUAAUUUUGGCCUAAACGAAGCUACAGCAACCCGGACGUUAAUGCGCGAAAUCAGCGGGGACCAUAUGCUCGCAUGGCUAAUGUUGCGUAAUCCUCCGGGUUCUUAUCCUCCCCCGGACACGAAGAAACACAAUAUUUAAUGCAGCACAAGUGGCAAACACCGUAUUUAUGAGCUUACCAAUUAGGACCCCCCUCUUUUGGAGCACUUUAGAGAGAGAGAGUAAGAGAGAUAUCCAUUGAAAGGGAGGAGGGGGGUCCUAAGUGAGAAGAAGGAGCCAAGUAGAAACACGUGUGCUCUUUUGACACACUCUAUUGGAUCCAUUUUUGUCCGGGGUGUUCCGAAAUGCGCUAAAUUAGUUGGAAAACACGGUCCCUGCCGGUUUGUCACGAUUUUUGAUUGGAAAUUUCCCCCCAAAAACGGUUCGUCGAGAAAAACCGACGACUGUCAGAACAAAGCUUGAUUAGAAUGACAAUUUUCAGCCCAGAAAUCUAUUUUGGCCGCCAGUAAUUGUGUGUGCUUCUUUUUUGCCCAAUUUUCACACGCACACACUUUUCGCGCGCAACGAUUACGGUAGGAAUUCCCACGCUCAUGUGAGCCGCCACUUUUUGAUUUAGCAAUGGAGUGCACUUACUUUCGAUUGGUUUCUUGGGCGGGAGUUUGGCUGAAAUUGAAGUUUUCAGCAUUUCCAAGCGUUCUCGUUGUUCUCCUCGGGUUUUUUUUCGAUGUUUCUCCGCAAACGAACGCAUUUUUGACUAUAAAACGAUUGUCUUUGACUUUUUUUUUUCGAAAAUUUAAUCAAAAUGUGCUUGCAGAUUCUUCUGCCCGCCGCCAUGCAUCUAUCUGAUCGGAAACGGCUGGAAGAACAAAAAGGAGAGCCUGGUGCAGAUGAUCAAAACGCUCAAAACGUCGUCGGCACAAAAAGAGUUGUUAGCGGUGGAGACGGACCAACUGCACGAGCAGCAGGCUUGCGAACUCGUCGCCUACAUCGGCAUCGGCUCGGACAACUCGGAACGGCAGCAGCUGGACUUCUCGACCGGCAAGGUCCGUCAUCCGGGCGACCAGCGCCAGGACCCCAACAUUUUCGACUAUUGCGCCGCCAAAACCCUCUACAUUAGCGAUUCGGACAAGCGCAAAUACUUUGACCUGAACGCGCAGUUCUUCUACGGAUGCGGCAUGGAAAUCGGGCAGUUUGUGUCGCAGCGAAUCAAGGUGAUUUCGAAGCCGUCGAAGAAGAAGCAGAGCAUGAAGAACACGGACUGCAAGUAUCUGUGCAUCGCCAGCGGCACCAAAGUCGCCCUCUUCAAUCGGCUCCGCUCGCAGACGGUCAGCACCCGUUAUCUGCACGUGGAGGGCAACGCGUUCCACGCCUCUUCGACCAAGUGGGGCGCAUUCACCAUUCAUCUCUGUGAGUUUUAAAGAAGGGGCUAGACGCAAAUUUACUUUGUUCCUACAAUUUUUGAAUCCAAUCGGGGAUCGACAAUAUUUAAAAUGUUUGCAGUCGACGACGAGCGCGCGAACGUGGAAAGUGAGAAUUUUGCGGUGCGCGACGGCUUCGUCUACUACGGCUCGAUCGUGAAACUGGUCGACUCGGUCACCGGGAUCGCGCUGCCCCGCCUCCGCAUCCGCAAAGUCGAUAAGCAACAAGUGAUCCUGGAUCCGGUGGCGUGCAACGAAGAGCCCGUCUCGCAGUUGCACAAGUGCGCGUUCCAGAUGCUCGACAACGAGCUCGUCUACCUGUGCCUCAGUCACGACAAGAUAAUCCAGCACCAGGCACAGCCGAUCAACGAGCACCGCCAUCAGAUCAACGACGGCGCCGCGUGGACGAUCAUCUCGACGGACAAGGUCGAGUACCGGUUCUUCGAGGGAAUGGGUCCCGUGGCGACGCCCAUCUCCCCGUGUCCUGUCGUCAAUUCGCUCGAAGUGGACGGACAUGGCGAGCAUGCGAGGAUCGAGUUGCACGGCCGCGACUUCAAGCCGAACCUCACCAUCUGGGUCGGCGCGACGCCCGUCGAAACGACGUAUCGGUGCGAGGAGGGACUCUCUUGUCCCGUUCCCCCUAUGGAUCAGGUCACGAGCGAUUGUGCGAGCGGCAAGAGUCAGUGGAUGUUUGUGAAUAAGGCCAACGAUUUGGAGGUGAGACUUUUUGCAACUGCUUCUAACCAUUUCCAACUCUUGGUACCAGAUUUUAGGCCAGAACCUCUGCAAAUUGUAGAAGCUUAUGAUUAUUACCCAUUUUGCAACUGUCUGGACGUUUUGCAACCAGACAAAAUCAACACUGAAAUGCGAUGAUUUUUCCAGUCGCGAAGCGUCCAAGCCUAUCGAAUAGGCUUGGACAUUUCACAACUGACUCGCUAGCUUAGUUGCGAAACGUGUAAAAACCGGUUCAUCUCAAACGUUCUCAAUAUUUGCAGGUGCCAAUAAACUUGGCGCGCGACGACGGAGUCAUCUACUCGACCGGCCUCAAUUUCACCUACAAAACGAUGGAACACCGCGGCCGCCACGUGGCCAACUACUAG